AUUUUGGGGGAGGGCAAUGCCGGCCUCAUGGCUUUGGCCAGCGACUCCACGCCGGGCAAACGGAUCCGCAAACCUUCGCUGCUCUACGAGGGGUUCGAGAGCCCCACCAUGGCCUCGGUGCCUUCCCUUCCCAGCCCCCAGGUGAAUCCUCCUCCCCCGGAGGUUUCCAACCCCAAGAAGCCGGGCAGGGUCACCAACCAGCUGCAGUACCUGCACAAGGUGGUGAUGAAAGCCCUGUGGAAGCACCAGUUCGCUUGGCCCUUCCGCCAGCCCGUGGACGCCGUC